CUGAACUGUCAUACAAAUCACUUUGAAUUUUGCAACGGGCUACACGGCAUUCAUUCUAUUGCUUUCAAAAAAGCUAUUUUUUCACAGACUAAAUCGUGGAAGUCUUUUUCAAGCUUUGCUGCUAAAAUUUAUUUACGUACAUGAAAAUUACGUUAUUGGAUCGAAAGCAAAAUUAAUGCAGUGUAAGUGCCGACUAAUUUUCGCACGAGUAAUACAAACGAGGGCAUUUUGAUAUUGAUUCGUCAUUGCCAUUUGAUUUUUACAAAUUCGGUGUUGGAUAUAAUUUUGAUACUUGCGCGUGUUGGACAAUACAUAACCACAAAAUCGGUUUUCCUCUUCAUUUGAAAAGCCGAGAUGACCGAUGAAGGACCAUCGUCAGCGAAACAAACCAGGUACAUGCUCAGAAGCAGUACUAAAAAUGGGCAUCUAGUUACAGAACACAAUGUGAGUACGGAAAGAAAACGGAAGCGCAAGGGUCAACUAAAAUUUAUGGAUCUCAAUGACGACUGUUUGCUUGCAGUCUUCGGAAACAUGAAUGUGAUUGAACUGUGUGAUGUCGCUGAAACCUGCAAGCGUACACAAGCAUUGGCGCAGUACCACUUCCAUUUGAAGCAACGUCGACUUGACUUGGUGUCAUUAGCUGGACAUAACCCGAAGCUGGCAUUACGGUUGCUCCGAAAUUUUGGUGGCCAUGCUUCAUCAUUAAACAUGGCACGCGAUUUAUUUCCACACAAAAAGGAAGCUGCUUCACGCAAGUUGUUGUCGCUGAUUGCAAAGUACUGUCGUGCGAACGUAUUGACCCAGCUCUCACUCAGUCAAUUCAGCAUAGCGCUCGUUUCGAUGAAAGAUUUGAAGGAAUUAUUCGGAUCAUUGGAAAUGUUGAAACUUGAAAACACCACUAUCAAAGGCUGCACCUUGGGUCCGUUCAAAGGUAACCUGAAAGUAUUGAAGCUGAAAGAUAGCGACUUUUGUGACUCAGCAUACCCUGUUCCAGUCUACAAGCCACUGAUAACAUUCAUCAACACAAAAAAAGUUUUACAAUGUCUAUCGAUUUGUAGUAGCACGCGAUCAGUACCGUCGCGUAUCUGUCAAGCAAUUGGUGAAUUGAAAGACUUGAAAGAGCUUGAAUUAGAUGAACAGGGUCUUGGUGAUUGUGAAAAAACGUUUCGACAAAUUUGCCGGCAUUUGUUGGAGCUGAACCAUUUAAAAGUAUUGAAAUUAAAUUGCCAUGGAUAUUCUGUUCAGUACCUCGUUGAAGGACUUACAGCAAAUAAUGUUGCCAUUGAACAUUUGUCACUCAAAGAUGGCCGAUUUGAUGAAGGUUUCAACGUAGCCACAGCUAUUUCCAAGUUGGAAUCGAUUAAGAUUUUGAAACUUUUCGUAAUGGGAAACGUGAAUAAUGCACAUUUACUGGUCAUGGCGAAAGGCUUGAAACUGCUCACCGAAUUAGUUGUCCUCGGUUGGUUUUCAGUGAAUGUUACACAACAAGGAAUCGUUAGAAUGCUUCGUGAAACUGCCCGUCUAUCGUGCUUGAAAAUCGUUGCAAGAAGUUUCAAAUUCAACAUCAACACCUAUAACGAAAUGCUCACAAUAGUUCAAAAUCGCUCUGAACACAUCAAAUUGCAGUUAUCGUUUGGAAAUCAGUUUGUGGCGCCAUUUGACCCAGAAGGAACUCUAAGAUCAAACGACAAAUGGCUGAGCGUGAAAGAAAUCUAACCACACUAAAACAUUCAGUGAAUGUUUUCGAUCAAUACUCUACUCCAUCAGCAUAAUUACUAUACUGCAAAAACGACAAUAAAUUCAAUGCAAACAUUUACAUUGAAAAGUAAAAUUCAUCAUUUAAAAAUCUAAAUAAUCAGUGGUGAUCACUGAAUGAAAAUAUUACAAACUCUGUAAAUAAAAUUCAUUUCAAAAUGAAACACAUAAUUUCCACAUUAAAUUACAAUGUUCAAUUCAA